GGGGAGAUCUCAGCAGACUUUGGGUGUGAUCCGAGGCGCUCCUCUGAGGCGCAGCGGACACCGCAGAGGCGCGUCACAGUCCCGUCACAGUGCCGUUGGCACCCCGAAGCCCUCAGUUCCAGCGGAGUUUCCUUCACGAUGCGCGGCUUUUCCUGGAGGGUUCGCCCCACACUCCGGAUUAAAGAAUGCCGGGAUUUCCGUGGAAUUAACUAGAGAAACGGGAACUUGUUGGAGGUCGGCUCUGGAAUCCAGAAUGGCACCGUUACCUGCUGCGCUGCUUGUUGCGUUUUUGGUUUGGGCUCAAGGCUCCUCCUCUCUUCAUUACCCUGACGGACACCCCAGCCGCCAUUCGCUGGAGAAAAGCUUCGGUGGAUCCAUGAACGACUCUCAGUGCCAGCACAUGCUGAAGCACCUUCACAACGGAGCUAAAAUCACGGUUCAGAUGCCCCCCAUCGUUGAGGGUCACUGGGUGUCCAUGAGCUGUGAGGUGAGACCCGGGCCGGAGUUCCUGACCCGCUCCUACAGGUUUGACCCCAACAACACCUUCACCGCUCAGCAGUUCUACUACGAAGACAACCACUGCACCAGACCCGCCUACACGCUGCUGAUCCACGGCCGGCUGCGCCUACGCCAAGCCUCCUGGAUCAUCCACGGGGCCACAGAGGCAGAGUACCACCUCCACCAAGUCCAGAUAGUGUGUCACACGGCCUCUGUGGCCAAAGAGCUGAGCCAAAAGCUCAACCGCAGCUGCACAGCGGCUGUGAGGGGCCCCUGGGAGCCCAAUGUCCUAUACAAGCUGUCGAGCGAGGAGGGGAGCUACGACUGCUCCAAAGAGCUGAACUUUGCCAUGCAUGAGCUGCAGCUUCUGAGGGUGGAGAAGCACUACCUGCACCACAACCUGGACCACCUGGUGGAGGAGCUUUUUCUGGGGGACAUCCACACGGACCCCUCGCAGAGGCUCUACUACAAACCGUCCAGCUAUCAGACGCCUUUACAGAACGCCAAGAACCACGACCACGGCUGCAUCGCCUGCCGCAUCAUCUACCGCUCCGACGAGCUCCAUCCUCCCGUCCUGCCGCCGCGGGCCGACCAGACGGUGGGGCUGUACGGUCAGUGGGUGAGCCAGCGCUGCGAGAUGCGGCCCGAAGUCCUGUUCCUCACCCGCCACUUCAUCUUCCAUGACAACAACCACACCUGGGAGGGCUACUACUACCACUACUCCGACCCACUCUGCAAACACCCCAUCUUCACCCUCUACGCCCGCGGACGCUACAGCCGGGGGCUGCACUCCACCCGCGUUCCAGGCGGGACGGAUUUUGUCUUUAAAGUGAACCACAUGACGGUGACCCCCAUGGACACGCCCACCACCUCCCUUCUCAACAUCUUCAAAGAUAAUGAGUGUGGCCAGCCGGGCUCCUGGCAGAUCGAGGUGGAGCAGGAUGUCACCCUGACCAACGGCUGCAUGGCGUUGGGCAUCCGGCUGCCCCACACCGAGUACGAGCUCUUCCGGAUGGAGCAGGACGUCCACGGACGCUACCUGCUCUACAACGGCCAGCGCCCCAGUGACGGCUCCAGCCCAGACCGCCCGGAGAAGCGGGCCACCUCUUACCAGAUGCCGUUGGUCCGGUGCUCGUCCAGCAGCCAGAGGUCGGAGCGCAGAGAUGGCGCUGCGAGCGGCUCUCUUCUGCAUCGCCCCGACGGCUCCGGAUGGCAGAGCGGCUGCAGCGCCCCCCUGCUGGCCCUCACCGUCACAGCCGGGCUGCUGUCCUGGUGGACUUAGACUUGCAUGUCGGGUUUUUAGGAGGAUUUCUUUAAACUGAUGUCACAAAAACUGCUGCACCGCAGGAACUGCACUUUAGAUUGGAACUGACCCCACGGACCUCCACCCACACAGACUCCGGACUCCUGCUGGACGUUCAACCGUCACCCUUUUGAGGGACAGAACCAUGUGGACAGAGACCUCCUGUGGAGCUAGAGCUAAGCAUCCGAGUUGCUGUAAAGACACUGCAGUCCUUCUGAGAACAAUGGUGUGAGGUGCAGAUCCUCCUGGUUUUUACUGCGGUAAAAAUGAGAUUUCUAGUCAGAGAGAUCAUUUCUAGGUGGCUGUUGAGAUCCAUGUCAUGUUCUCCUCAUGACAUUACCGACUCAGACUCCAUUAAAUGCAUUUCCUGCCAACGAUUGGUUUUCCCUGCUGUCAACAGAACCGUUGGAUGGACUCUCCCACACAGCCGGAGCUCAAUCCCACUUGACUGAUGCCAAAAAUAAAAGCUUCACAUGCCGACA